ACAAUAGCCACAUAAAAUUAUUCACAAAGGAUAAAAAAACUAGUUUUCUUACAUACACACUUAUAAAAUAUCCUUCACCUUUAUACAAGACAAAACUAGAAAACCAUUCAUAAAUCCAUACCAUAUAUGCAAGAGCUUAAAAAAAAGUAGAAGUGAAAUCUAAAGAAAAUGAAACAAGGUGACAUGGUUGCUCAAAUAGGAUCCAUAAUAGCUUCUUUUAUGUUUAUUUGGGCUAUUUUUCAACAAUUUUUUCCUUAUCAACUUAGGAACCAAAUUGAAAAAUACACUCAAAAAUUAGCUACUUUUAUCUACCCUUAUAUCCAAAUCACAUUCAAUGAGUUCACUGGUGAAAGAUUAAUGAGAAGUGAAGCUUAUUCUUCUAUAGAGAAUUAUCUUAGCACAAAAGCAUCAACACAAGCAAAAAGACUCAAAGGUGACAUAGCUAAGAAUAAUCAAGCACUUGUUCUUAGCAUGGAUGAUCAUGAAGAAGUUAGUGAUGAAUUUAAUGGAGUUAAACUUUGGUGGGCUAGUGGCAAAAAUGUAUCAAAACCAAAUUCAUUUUCACUCCAUCAUAACAUCGAUGAAAAAAGGUACUAUAAAUUAACUUUUCAUAAACAUAAUAGAGAUUUGAUUUUAGGUACUUAUCUUAGUUAUGUAUUAAAAGAAGGUAAAGCACUUAAGGUGAAAAAUAGACAAAGGAAACUUUAUACUAAUAGUGGUUCUUAUUGGAGUCAUGUUGUUUUUGAGCAUCCAUCAACAUUUGAAACAUUAGCUAUGGAUAUAGAGAAAAAGAAAAUGAUUAUUGAUGAUCUUGUUACAUUUAGUAAAGCUGGUGAAUUUUAUGCAAGAAUUGGAAGGGCUUGGAAAAGAGGCUAUUUGCUAUAUGGUCCUCCAGGGACUGGAAAAUCAACUAUGAUUGCGGCUAUGGCAAAUUUAUUAGGAUAUGAUCUUUAUGAUCUUGAGUUAACUGCUGUUAAGGAUAAUACUGAAUUGAGGAAGCUUUUGAUUGAGACAUCAAGUAAGUCUAUAAUUGUUAUUGAAGAUAUUGAUUGUUCACUUGAUUUGACUGGUCAAAGGAGGAAGAAAAAUGUGAAAAAGGAAGAGGAAGAAGAGAAGGAUUUAAGAGAGAAAAAAAGUGGAAUUAUGAUUGAAGAAAGAGAUGGAAAAAGUAGUAAUGUAACACUUUCUGGAUUAUUGAAUUUUAUUGAUGGAUUAUGGUCUGCAUGUGGAGGUGAAAGACUUAUAGUUUUUACAACAAAUUAUGUUGAGAAAUUGGAUCCUGCAUUGAUUAGAAAAGGUAGAAUGGAUAUGCAUAUAGAGUUGUCUUAUUGUGGAUUUGAAGCAUUUAAGAUGUUGGCUAAGAAUUAUCGUAAUAUUGAGUCACAUGAUUUGUUUGGAACUAUAUGUGAAUUGUUGAAGGAAGUUGAAAUCACUCCAGCUGAUGUUGCUGAACAUUUGAUGCCAAAGACUGCUUUUGGUGAUGCAGAAAUUUAUUUGAAAAGUUUGAUUCAAGCACUUCAAUUGGCAAAAGAAGAAGCUAGGAGGAAAUCAGUGGAAGAAGCAAAGAAACUAUGAAGUAUUUAUACUUAUACAAUAUCGCAAUUUAAGAUUUGGACCGUUCUAUCUUAAAUUCCGACAUUGUACUUUGGAUUGUUUUACAAAAUCAGAAUAUAAGUCUUCUGACCAUAAUAAUCGGAUGGUUGAAAUUGCAUAACUGCAUGAAUGCACGGUUUUCUCAACUUCAAAAAUCCGAUUCCAUAGUCUAUCAAGCAUUAGAAGGUGAAAGGGGUGGAAGAAAAUAGAUAAGACAUGGAUAAUAUAUACUCAUCUUGUGUCAAAUAUAACCUUAGAAAAUUAUAUAAACACAACUAAUCCUUUUUUUUUUGUCUUAACCCUUCACUUCUCAUAUCAGAUUAUAUAUUGUAUGAAUAUAUGUGAAGUACUUUGCUAUGUGGCCUUUGUGCAAUUUUAGAUAUAAAUCAGAUAAUUACA